GAAUUUCAUGACAUUUAAGGUUGUGUCCGGCGAUGCAUUUUAGCCAACUAUGGGCUGUAAUUUCUUAAUUUCAGCUAAUGAUUAUAUGAUUUAAGUAGUCCUGUUUGGAAGCAAGUCUAAACCAGGCUGAAAGUGAAAAAACCAGGCUGAAUCAAAACGUUUCUAAGCCUAGCGUUUCUAUCAAGCGGAUUAUAUAAUAUCUUCCAAUCCCCGAAGUACCCCGUGCUGGCAACACAUAUAUAUGAGAUUCUUUGGAGGCAAAGAGGGCAUCGUCUGUUGUGAAUUAUCUGAUUAGGACAUGGACUCUAGUCACCGUUCUAAAUCAGAAUUCUUUAUUGGAGUGGAGUCCAAGUUACUUGAUUAUUUGUUUUUAAUUUAGACAGUCCUAGUUGUAUUCCAAUAUGACUAGUUAAGUCUAUAAAUACGGUGUAGUAUAUGAGCACCGUAUGCGGAAGAUGUAAUUCAAGUUUUGCGUUAGUUUCUUCAAUAUAAUAUUGCAUGUUUGGCAUAUUACUAUUUUUUAGUUCUCUGCAUACCUUCAAUUGGUAUCAGAGCUUGUGUAUUCCAGAAGCCGGCAAACUUACUUUCGGUGUUGACCAGCGCCUACGAUAGAGUCAAGCACCAACUGUGUUUCAACUUCAGCAGCGAUGAUGGGAGAAUCACCACAGUCACCGGCGAAGGAGCCACACACCUUGUCAUUUCAAUUCCCCCUGUUGACAACGACAAACUAGACCAUCUGGAGAAUGCGGAUGGAAGUUCUACUCGGAAUUCAUGGAGUCUCGGAAGUGAUAUAUCCAGGUUCAGAUGAUUCCAAGAAAAACAACAUUGUCAAGGGUUUGCUCUAUCAGUCGAUACCCGAAGAGUUGAUUCUUCAAAUCGGCAAUCUCAAAACUGGGAAGGAGAUGUGGAACGCAAUUCAGACGCGAAAUUUAGGGGCUGACCGUGUGAAGGAAGCACGACUUCAAACCCUAACUACGGAAUUCGAAAAUUUGAAGAUGAAGGAUACAGUUACGAUAGAUGAAUUUGCUGCAAAGCUAUCUGGUAUUGCUUCUACUUCAACCACACUUGGAGGAGAAAUCUCAAAACAGAAGCUAGUUAAGAAAUUUCUCACAAGCCUUCCUAGGAGAUUUGUUCAUAUAGUAGCAGCUCUUGAGCAAGUUCUGGAUCUCAAAACAAUUGGGUUUGAAGAUGUGGUAGGAAGACUAAAAGCAUAUGAAGAACGCAUAAAAGAAGAAGACGAUGCGAAUGAAUCACAAGAUAAACUGCUCUAUGCAAAGGCUGAGUCUUCCAACAGAAAUCAAGACUCAAACAGGGGGAGAGGUCGUGGCUCUAGCCGAGGUGGUCGUGGUCGAGGUCAGGGUCGAGGUAAUACCCAAAACCACGAUCAAAAGGAUUCAUCGAAAAACCGAGAAGACCAGCGACAAAAAGGGAAGCAACAUGAACAACGUGACCUGUCAAACAUCCAGUGCUAUCGUUGUGAUAAGUACAGACACUUUGUCUCAAAAUGUCCAGAACGACCCAGAAAUCAGGAGUCAAAUUUGAAUGAAGCACAAGAAGCAGGUGUGAAUCAUGAGGAGGGGACUUUCUUUAUGAUGAACAUCGAAACUGUAUUUCUUAAUGAAGAAAAAUACAUCCCACCCAAACAUGACCCAAAACCUUAUGAAGAUGGUGUGUGGUACCUGGACAAUGGCGCGAGUAAUCACAUGACUGGGAAUUACUCAUACUUCUCUGAGCUAAAUAAACGAAUAACUGGGAGGGUCAGAUUUGGGGAUGGAUCUUGUGUUAGCAUAGAAGUGAUAGAGUAUAUAUCUAACCCAUAUACUCCAUCAAGAAGGAAAAGGAUCAAUCUUAUUCCAAGGAAAAAGUGGAGAACAAAAGUUAUUGAAAAAUAUUUACUAUAUUCCGUCCCUUCAAAGUAACGUGAUCAGUCUCGGACAAGCCACAAUAUCUGGAUGCGACAUCCAUAUGCGAGGAGAUUACUUGACCAUGCGAGACAGAAGUGGAAGGUUACUUAUGAAGGUUCGGAGAAGUGCAAAUAGUCUGUACAAGACCCAACUGAAAGUAGGAAAACCCUACUGCUUGCAGGCUAGCAUAACUGAAGAAUCCUGGUUAUGGCACGCUCGUUUAGGCCAUAUAAACUUCAGUGCAAUAAAUUUAAUGCACAAGCUAGCAAAAGGAGUCCCUACUAUUUCACAUCAAGAUCAACUGUGCGAGGUAUGCAUGAUUGGUAAGCAAACAAGACAAAGCUUCCCGAAAAAGCCAUCAUACAUGUCAAAAGAUGCUCUUGAGAUGAUACACGGGGACAUAUGUGGCCCGAUAGACCCCCCAACAUAAGCAGGCAAUGUUUAUAUAUUGGUGCUGAUUGAUGACUUCUCCAGGUACAUGUGGUCGUUUCUUUUAAAACAUAAAAGUGAUGCAUCAGAUGUUAUUAAAAGCUUCAAAAGGUCAAUUGAAAAACGAACCGGCAAAGAGAUUAAAUCUUUUCACACUGAUAGAGGCGGCGAGUUUACUUCAAGAGACUCUAACCGUUUUUGGGAAGAAGAAGGGAUUGCAAGAAUGUUAACAGCUCCCUAUGCUCCUCAACAGAACGGCAUCGCAGAACGAAGAAACCGCACCUUAAUUGAGAUGACAAGGUGUCUCAUGAAAGCAAAAGGAGUACCAAACCGUUUUUGGGACGAGGCAGUUAGACAUGCAACCUUUAUCAUAAAUCGGACCCCUACACGAGCAUUAGUAGGAACCACUCCAUACGAAAAACUCUACUGUGAAAAGCCGAACCUUGAAGAUUUAAAAGUAUUUGGUUGUAUUGCCUAUGAUAAAAUAGUUUCAAAGCACUUGAAGAAACUAGAUGACAAGUCAAAACCACUGGUAUACUUUGGCAAGGAACCCGGUUCAGGAGGAUUUCGUCUCUAUAAUCCUCAUGAAAAUAAGAUCAUUAUCAGCUCCUAUGCAAUUUGUGACGAGAACAGAGCAUGGGAGUGGAGUAACCUGACUGAUAACGAAAACCAAAUAAGAAAAGAAUCAGGUACUUUCACAGUCCUAUGGGGUGAAACUCAACCGAGUCAAACAGAUGCGAGUCUUGAGCAGCCUGCAAUACAAGCCCACAUCAAUGGCUCAAAUGGAAAAACUAUCAGCAAUCCUGGAAGCAGCUCACCACGGUCAGACAUCAACUCAAAUCUUGAAACAAGUCCACCUCGAGUUGAAUUUGAACCAAUCAGCAAUAUUGCACCUACGCGACGAUCAUCUCGUACUUCGGUGUUACCAGCAAGAUUUAAUGACUAUGAGCUGAAUUUUAAUGAGCUGCUGUUAGCAUUUGAUGAGGAACCGAGAAACUUCAAUGAAGCAAGAGUGAAACCAGAAUGGCUCAGUGCAAUGAAAACCGAGAUUGAUGCAGUAGAGAAGAAUAAAACAUGGAAACUUGUUCCCCCACCGAAAGAUGUUAAACCUAUAGGGUUGAAGUGGAUAUUUAAAAUUAAAAGAAAUGUUGAUGGAUCAAUAUCAAGGUACAAAGCGCGGCUAGUUGCAAAAGGCUAUGUACAAGAACCUGGUAUUGAUUUUGAUGAAGUGUUCGUACCAGUAGCUCGACUCGAGACAAUAUGAUUCUUGAUUGCUCUCGCAGCCGGGAGAGGAUGGAAGAUAUACCACUUAGAUGUUAAAACAGCUUUUUUGCAUGGUGAACUGCAGGAAGAAGUAUACGUCAGUCAACCUGAGGGCUUUGAGAAACCGGGAGAGGGAACAAAGGUUUAUAGAUUGUUGAAAGCUUUAUAUGGCCUUAGACAAGCUCCGAUGGCUUGGAAUUUAAAGCUCAACAACAUCUUAAAGUGAUUAGGCUUUCUUAGAUGUUUGUGGAUGACUUAUUCCUAACAGGAACUAGCUUAGCGUUCAUGGAACAGUUCAAAAGAAUGAUGGCAUCUCAGUUCGAAAUGUCAGAUCUGGGUGAACUAACUUACUAUUUGGGCAUAGAAGUUUCGCAAGAAGAGACAUGUGUGAAGGUUCAGCAACAAAAUUAUACCUUGAAAAUCUUAAAAGAAGCUGGUAUGGAGGAGUGUAAUACAACCUUGUGUCCAAUGGAUCCGGGACUAAAGCUUUCAAAGGCCGAAACAGAACCAGAAGUGGAAGCUAAGCAAUACCGAAGGGUAGUUGGUUGCCUACUCGACCAGAUUUUGCAUACUCUGUUGGAGUAGUUAGUCGCUACAUGCAAAGUCCCAGAGAGUCCCAUGCAAGAGCUAUCAAGCAAAUCCUACGAUAUCUCCGUGGAACAGUUUCCGUUGGGAUAAAAUAUGAACGAAACAAUGAACUCAAACUACUCGGAUAUAGUGAUAGUAGUCAUAAUGUUGACAUUGAUGAUGGUCGAAGCACUACUGGUCACAUUUUCUUCCUUGGUAUGUCACCUAUCACGUGGUGUUCACAAAAACAAGAUACAAUGGCUUUAUCUUUGUGCGAAGCCGAGUUCAUGGCAGCUACGGCUGCAGCUUGUCAAGCAGUUGGGCUAAGGGAAUUGCUGGCAGAAGUGACAUGGCUGGAGAAACAGAAGGUGCUAAUUUUUAUUGAAAAUAAAUCAGCAAUUGCAUUGUCAAAAAAUCCAGUCUUUCACGGAAGGAGCAAGCACAUUCACACUUGAUUUCACUUCAUUCAUGAGCGUGUUGAAAACGAGCAAGUUGAAGUUAAACACGUGGCUGGAGAAGAACAAGUUGCAGAUCCUUUAACAAAGGCCUUAGCACGAGUACGGUUUGUGAAAAAAAUGAGAAAACUACUUGGUGUGCAAGAAUUACCUUCUCAGAAAUUCAGGGGGUAGUUGUUGUGAAUUAUCUGAUUAGGACAUGGACUCUAGUCACGGUUCUAAAUCAGAAUUCUAUCUUGGAGUGGAGUCCAAGUUACUUGAUUAUUUGUUUUUAAUUUAGACAGUCCUAGUUGUAUUCCAAUAUGACUAGUUAAGUCUAUAAAUACGGUGUAGUAUAUGAGCACCGUAUGCGGAAGAUGUAAUUGAAGUUUUGCGUUAGUUUCUUCAAUAUAAUAUUGCGUGUUUGGCAUAUUACUAUUUUUUAGUUCUCUGCAUACCUU